AUGGUGUUGGGGUAUGAGCCGGUUCAAGAUUUUGAGGAGGGGCUUAAGGAGGUGGUGAUGUGGUCGCUGGGAUAUGAUGGGUGGAGAGAGAGACUUAGGGGGGUGAAACUUUCAGGAACGGAGAAAAUGGCAACGCUAGAAAUCUAUGUACUUUUCGCUAUCACAGGAGUAUCUUUCACUCUUCUCACCCGGGCUUUCUGCAGCGGCUCUAGCCAUGAAUCUCGAGAACCUCCAAAAAUUAAACCCGUCAUUCAUACAUCGGUCAUGCCCUCGGUCUCUUCUAGUGCAGAAGCGCAUACUAUACCAAAAUUUACCAAAAAUGGAAAGCACCAAUCCUUUCGAUCCCUAUGUCUGGCGGGAAAGCGCACAUCGUCGGUCGGCUCUCCAGAACUCAUGAAUUCUCUUCAGAGACAGGGCAAGACGGCUUCUUUCUGGUACCUGGAGGCCCGGCUCACGGCCGAGCUGGGUGGGCUGAGCAGCGAUGGAAUGAAGAAACUGGCUGCCAAUUUAGAGCCCGCGCCUGAGAAACCUAGUCUCUUGAUCGAGGGAUGGAAAGCCACACAGCAGGCACUCUCUCCUCUUGGUGGAGUCGAUGACAUGAUCCGUGUCGCGGCAGAAAAUAUCCAGACCCAUCUUGACAAUUUAGCAAGUGAAAUAGGUGAUGUUAACCCAAAUACUGAUCUUUGGGCAUGGGUUCAGCAUGAAAUAACAGUUGCCACGACGGAAAGCGUCUCCGGACCCGAAAAUCCAUAUCGAGAUUCACAGGUUGAAGCUGGUUUCUGGCAUGUCGUGCUUAAACAGCUUAUAUCUACCACACUAAGCCAAUUUCUCCCCAAUUUUGUUGCCUCCAAAGCCAUCAGAGGCCGAGCCAGAGUGGUAGAAGCAAUGAGUCAUUACUUAACUCCAGGCGUCCAAGAGAAUGGCUCACCGCUGAUCAAAGCAAGAUAUGCAAGUCUAUCGACCGAGAUGAGCCAUGCCGAUCUUGCCAGGUCAAAAGACGCACCAAUACUCUUCUCCGCGCAGCAAGAAACAUUACGAUUCAGAGCUACAGGAACACAACCGCGUAUGGUCAUGGAAGAUAUGAUUGUUGGAAAUAAUCAGUAUCUGCUUAGGAAGGACUCAAUGGUGAUCAUAGCCAAUAGAGCACUGCACUAUUCCAAGGAAAUCUGGAGAGAGACGGCCGAUUUAUUUCGCGCGAAUCGUUUUCGCGGCAAGGAUCCCAAUUCACCCCCUCAAUACUCGGUUUGUGAAAAGGGCAUGGAACGGGAGCAAGAUGAAAGAAGAUGA